UGAGCCCGGAGCGCGGGUGGGCGGCGGGCUGGAGCGGCGGACGGCGGCUGCGCGCCCCGCUGUGCUCCCGGGCACUUGCCCGGCUCCUGCUCGCUCCUGGGAAUCGGCUGUGCGGCUGACACUCGGUAGCCCGGACUCUCCACGACUCUGGGGACGCAAGCGCGUGGACCAGGUCCCCAGGGACGCGGCAUUCCCGCCCCGCCGCACGACUGGCUGGAGAUCUAAGGGCACAGAAAACACUCAAACUGGAUUUUUACACAUUGCACAUUAGCAAUAAACCACAAGUCGCAGAAUGUGAUCCCGAACAAAAUCCUUCUAAAAGAAUUAGCUUCGGGCAACAGAGAAAAGAAGAAAACGGACCUGUGGUUUUGAAAUACUGGUGUAAAACAAACUGUUCUUGUAGGAAACUACAACUGGAAUGUUUUGUUGGGCUCUUAAUAUACCUGAACGACAGGAACUGUCAGCUUGCUUCGCACAAAGACUGGAAUGAUCUGAGAUUAUCUCUUGUCUGGACAUGAUCGCCAGGGAAGUGAACACAGAAAAGUAGCUGCAUGAAGGACAGUGGUCAAGAUGACGUCCGAAGAAAUGGCCGCUUCCGUCCUCAUCCCUGUGACUCAAAGGAAAGUGGCUUCUGCCCAGGCAGUGGCAGAAGAGAGGAGUGAAAAGGUCUCAGAUGCCCGGAUUCCUCAGGCACGUGCUGGCAGGCAGGGUGCGCUCAUCCCUCCUACCAUCUCACAGUGGAACAAACGUAAGGAAGAGUCUUCUAGAAGUGAUUUGUCCAAGGUCUUCUCAAUAGCGAGGGGGGAACUAAUCAGCGAUGAGAAUCACAACGAAGAGGGCUGGGAGGAAACCGCACCGGACUCCACGGUAAACCAUGCGAUUAACUGCAGCAGCUUAGUGCAAAGCCACCAGCACCAGCUUCCCCAGAACCAGCUUUGUGAAGCCCGUGACUCUGUCCCAGAAGAAGACCCGAGUAUGCAGCCUGGAAUUCCUUACCCACUGGAAAGGAAGGUGCUUCCUGGAAUUCAACUGGAGAUGGAGGACUCUCCCAUGGACGUGAGCCCUUCGGGAAGUCAGCCUGGGAUCAUGGAGUCCAGCGGACCUCACUCUGACGGCCACACGGCGGUAUUUCACUUCCAUUAUGAAGCUGACAGGACAAUGCCGGAUGCUUUUCAUGCCCUGUCAGAAAACUUGAUUUUGGAUGACUGUGCAAAUUGUGUUACUCUUCCUGGGGGGCAGCAAAAUAAAAAUUGCAUGGCGUAUACUUGCAAACUGGUGGAGUUAACAAGAACCUGUGGAAGUAAGAAUGGGCAGCUCAAGUGUGAGCACUGUACUUCGCUGCGCGAUGAAUACCUGUGCUUCGAAAAUUCCUGCCCAAAGGCCGAUGAGGUCUGCUCAGGUGGUGGCUUUUGCGAGGACGGCUUUGCUCAGGGUCCUGCUGCCAAGACUUUUCUGAGCCCUCUGGAGGAUUUCUCAGGCAAUUGUGAAGACGUAGACGAUUUUUUUAAAAGCAAAAAGGAGCGGUCCACUUUGUUAGUCCGAAGGUUUUGUAAAAAUGACAGGGAAGUUAAGAAGUCUGUGUAUACUGGGACAAGAGCCAUCAUGAGAACUCUGCCUUCCGGCCGUAUUGGGCCGGCUGCUUGGAAUUAUGUUGAUCAGAAGAAAGCUGGUCUCCUAUGGCCUUGUGGGAAUGUAAUGGGACCUCUGUCAGCAAUGGACAUAAGGCAAAGUGGGAGCCAACGUCUGACUGAAGCCCAGUGGUGCCUGAUCUACAGUGCCGUGAGAAGAGGGGAAGAAACAGAAGAAACGGUCGGAUCUCUUCGCCAUUGCGCCACACAGCUCCCAAACUCUGAGACAGCCCAUGGAAGUCUUGGAGACGGUCCCUGCUUAAAGCAGUGUGUACGAGACACUGAAUGUGAGUACCGUGCUACCCUGCAAAGGACGUCCAUAGCUCAGUACAUCACCGGUUCUCUCCUCGAGGCAACCACAUCUUUAGGAGCAAGAAGCGGCCUUCUCAGUCCCUUCGGAGGAUCCACUGGACGGAUAAUGCUGAAAGAACGCCAACCAGGCACCUCUAUGGCCAAUUCUAAUCCUGUUCCUUCAAGUUCAGCUGGAAUCAGCAAGGAGCUGAUUGAUCUCCAGCCCCUCAUUCAGUUCCCGGAGGAAGUGGCCAGCAUCUUAACAGAGCAGGAGCAGAACAUUUACCGCAGGGUGCUGCCCAUGGACUACCUCUGUUUCUUAACCCGGGACUUGAGUUCACCUGAAUGCCAGAGAUCACUGCCCCGUCUCAAAGCAUCCAUCUCAGAAUCCAUCCUCACGUCUCAAAGUGGAGAACGCAAUGCCCUUGAAGACCUUGUGAUGAGAUUUAACGAGGUGAGCUCCUGGGUAACGUGGCUGGUCCUCACGGCAGGCUCCAUGGAGGAGAAGCGGGAAGUCUUCUCUUAUUUGGUGCAUGUGGCCAAAUGCUGCUGGAACAUGGGCAACUACAACGCUGUCAUGGAGUUCCUGGCUGGCCUCAGGUCAAGGAAAGUUCUAAAGAUGUGGCAGUUCAUGGACCAGUCUGACAUCGAGACCAUGCGGAGCCUGAAGGAUGCCAUGGCUCAGCACGAGUCUUCCGUCGAGUACAAGAAGGUAGUGACCCGAGCCUUGCACAUCCCCGGCUGCAAAGUCGUCCCUUUCUGUGGGGUGUUCCUGAAGGAGCUCUGUGAAGUGCUGGAUGGUGCCUCUGGUCUCCUGAAGCUCUGCCCACGGUACAGCUCCCAAGAAGAAGCUCUGGAGUUUGUAGCCGAUUACAGUGGACAAGACAACUUCUUACAACGAGUGGGACAGAAUGGCUUAAAGAAUUCAGAGAAGGAGCUCACGGUCAACAGCAUCUUUCAGAUCAUCCGGAGCUGCAGCCGAAGUUUGGAGAUGGAGGAGGAGGACAGUGCCAGCGAAGGGAGCGGCUCUAGAAAAAACUCCUUGAAGGACAAAGCCCGAUGGCAGUUUAUAAUUGGAGAUUUGCUGGAUUCAGAAAAUGACAUCUUUGAGAAGUCCAAAGAGUGUGACCCUCAUGGAUCAGAGGAGUCACAGAAAGCCUUUGACCAUGGGACGGAGCUCAUCCCAUGGUACGUGCUGUCCAUCCAAGCGGAUGUGCACCAGUUCCUAUUGCAGGGGGCCACAGUCAUCCACUAUGACCAGGACACACAUCUCUCCGCCCGCUGCUUUCUCCAGUUGCAGCCUGACAAUAGCACGUUGACCUGGAUGAAACCUCCCACUGCCUCCCCAGCCGGUGCCAGACCCAAGCUCGGCGUGCUUAGUAACACGGCCGAGCCCGGCAAGUUCCCAUCACCGGGCAACGCCGGGGUGAGCGGCCUGGCAGAGGGAAUCCUGGAUCUGUUCUCAGUGAAGGCUGUGUAUAUGGGACACCCUGGCAUUGAUAUACACACUGUGUGUGUCCAGAACAAACUUAGUAGCAUGCUUCUAUCGGAGACGGGGGUCACCCUGCUCUAUGGGCUUCAGACCACUGACAAUAGAUUACUGCACUUUGUGGCGCCAAAGCACACAGCCGAGAUGCUUUUCAGUGGAUUGCUGGAACUUACUACAGCUGUGAGAAAGAUAAGGAAGUUCCCUGACCAACGACAGCAGUGGCUUCGGAAACAGUAUGUCAGCCUCUAUCAGGAGGAUGGUCGGUAUGAAGGCCCAACCUUGGCACAUGCUGUGGAGUUGUUUGGUGGUAGGCGGUGGAGCACUAGAAACCCCAGUCCUGGAAUGUCGGCAAAGAAUGCUGAGAAGCCCAACAUGCAGAGAAACAACACCCUGGGCAUAAGCACCACCAAGAAAAAGAAGAAAAUGCUCAUGAGGGGAGAGAGUGGAGAGGUGACGGACGAUGAGAUGGCUACCCGCAAGGCCAAAAUAUACAGAGAGUGUCGCAGCCGGAGCGGCUCUGAUCCUCAAGACGUUAACGAACAAGAAGAGUUGGAGGCCAAUGUCAUCACUAACCCUCCCAACACCCUCCAUUCCAGAAGAGCCUACUCUUUGACCACGGCUGGGUCCCCCAACUUGGCUACCGGGAUGUCAUCUCCCAUCAGUGCCUGGAGCAGCAGCAGCUGGCAUGGGCGAAUCCGAGGAGGGAUGAAAGGCUUCCAGAGCUUCAUGGUUUCAGACAGUAACAUGAGUUUCGUUGAAUUCGUUGAGCUGUUCAAAUCAUUCAGCAUCAGGAGCCGCAAGGACUUGAAGGACAUCUUUGACAUCUACUCCGUACCCUGCAAUCGGUCUGCCUCGGAGUCAGCUCCACUCUACACCAACCUGACAAUCGAAGAAAAUACCAGUGACCUUCAGCCUGACCUAGAUUUGCUGACUAGAAACGUCUCCGACUUGGGGCUGUUCAUUAAAAGUAAACAGCAGCUUUCUGACAACCAGAGGCAGAUAUCUGAUGCUAUCGCUGCUGCAAGCAUUGUAACCAAUGGCACUGGGAUUGAAAGCACGUCCCUGGGCAUAUUUGGGGUCGGCAUACUCCAGCUCAAUGAUUUCCUGGUGAAUUGCCAAGGAGAACACUGCACGUAUGAUGAAAUCCUGAGCAUCAUCCAGAAAUUUGAGCCGAGCGUCAGCAUGUGUCAUCAAGGCCUAUUGUCAUUUGAAGGGUUUGCAAGGUUUCUGAUGGAUAAAGACAAUUUCGCCUCAAAAAAUGACGAGUCACGGGAGAACAAGAAAGAGCUGCAGCUACCCCUCUCCUACUAUUACAUUGAGUCUUCACACAACACCUACCUCACCGGCCAUCAGCUCAAGGGGGAGUCCUCUGUGGAGCUCUAUAGCCAGGUCCUCCUGCAAGGAUGUAGAAGCAUAGAGCUGGACUGCUGGGAUGGGGAUGAUGGGAUGCCCAUCAUCUAUCAUGGGCAUACACUGACAACCAAGAUCCCCUUCAAGGAAGUGGUGGAAGCCAUCGAUCGCAGUGCCUUCAUCACCUCAGACCUGCCAAUCAUCAUAUCCAUUGAGAACCAUUGUUCAUUGCCUCAACAACGAAAAAUGGCAGAAAUUUUCAAGAGUGUGUUUGGAGAAAAGCUGGUGGCUAAGUUCUUAUUCGAGACCGAUUUCUCAGAUGACCCAAUGCUUCCCUCACCUGAUCAGCUUAGAAGGAAAGUGCUCCUUAAAAACAAGAAGCUAAAGGCCCAUCAGACACCUGUCGACAUCCUAAAACAAAAGGCUCAUCAGUUAGCAUCCAUGCAAGCACAGGCUUUCACUGGUGGGAAUGCCAACCCGCCACCUGCCAGUAAUGAGGAAGAGGAAGAUGAGGAGGACGAAUAUGAUUAUGAUUACGAGUCCCUUUCCGAUGCAGAUGUCCUUACUGCUUCCCCUGUUCCUAACAGUCAGGAAGACAACAUUCUGGAAGACAGACCUGAGAACAAAUUAUGCGCUGACAAGCUUCAGUUUGAGUACAAUGAAGAAGGCCCAAAGAGGAUAAAGAAAGCAGACAACUCCUCUGGCAAUAAGGGAAAGGUGUAUGACAUGGAACUGGGAGAGGAGUUUUACCUUCCACAGAACAAAAAAGAAAGCAGGCAGAUUGCACCAGAGCUCUCUGACCUCGUCAUUUAUUGCCAGGCAGUAAAAUUUCCAGGCCUGUCAACUCUAAAUUCAUCUGGCUCUAGCAGAGGGAAAGAAAGGAAAAGCAGGAAGUCCAUUUUUGGCAACAAUCCUGGCAGAAUGAGCCCAGGGGAGACAGCACCAUUUAACAGAACAUCUGGAAAAGGUUCCUGUGAAGGGAUGCGACAAACCUGGGAGGAAUCUUCUCCACUCAGCCCGAGUACAUCCCUCAGCGCUAUCAUUAGAACUCCUAAAUGCUAUCAUAUCUCCUCACUGAAUGAGAACGCCGCCAAACGUCUGUGCCGCAGGUGUUCUCAGAAACUGAUCCAGCACACCGCUUGCCAGCUGCUGAGAACCUACCCCGCAGCGACCAGAAUUGACUCCUCCAAUCCCAACCCCAUCAUAUUCUGGCUCCAUGGGAUACAGCUUGUAGCUCUAAACUACCAGACGGAUGACCUUCCUUUACAUUUAAACGCUGCCAUGUUUGAGGCCAAUGGUGGGUGUGGUUACGUUCUGAAGCCCCCUGUCCUGUGGGAUAAAAGCUGUCCCAUGUACCAGAAGUUUUCCCCACUGGAAAGAGACCUAGACACCCUGGAUCCUGCUAUCUACUCUUUAACUAUCAUCUCUGGCCAGAAUGUGUGCCCUAGUAACAGCACCGGAAGUCCAUGCAUUGAAGUUGACGUCUUGGGCAUGCCCCUGGACAGCUGCCAUUUCCGAACAAAACCCAUCCAUCGAAACACUCUGAAUCCCAUGUGGAAUGAGCAGUUUCUCUUCCGGGUUCACUUUGAAGAUCUUGUAUUUCUUCGUUUUGCGGUUGUGGAAAACAACAGUUCGGCGAUAACAGCUCAGAGAAUCAUUCCACUCAGAGCUUUAAAACGAGGAUAUCGACAUCUUCAGCUGCGGAACCUCCACAAUGAAAUCUUGGAAAUCUCUAGCUUAUUCAUAAACAGCAGAAGGAUGGAAGAAAACCCCUCUGGCAGUACCAUGCCAGCCUCAUUGAUGUUUAAUACGGAAGAGAGGAAAUGUUCUCAGACUCACAAAGUCACAGUGCAUGGUGUCCCAGGUCCAGAGCCCUUUGCUGUUUUCACUAUAAACGAAGGCACCAAGGCAAAGCAGCUUCUCCAACAGGUUUUGGAGGUUGGCCAAGGCACCAAACAUACUGCCACAGACUAUUUUCUGAUGGAAGAGAAGCAUUUUAUAUCUAAGGAAAAGAAUGAAUGCAGGAAACAACCAUUCCAGAGAGCUGUGGGUCCAGAAGAAGAUAUUGUGCAGAUUUUAAACAGCUGGUUCCCAGAAGAAGGCUACGUAGGCAGGAUUGUCUUAAAGCCCCAACAGGAAACCUUAGAAGAGAAGAGCAUUGUCUACGAUGACAAAGAGGUGAUCUUGAGCUCGGAGGAGGAGAGUUUCUUUGUCCAAGUUCAUGAUGUCUCUCCUGAGCAACCUCGAACUGUCAUCAAAGCCCCGCGUGUCAGCACUGCACAGGAUGUGAUUCAGCAGACCUUAUGCAAAGCCAAGUAUUCCUACAGCAUCCUGAACAACCCCAACCCAUGUGACUAUGUGCUUUUGGAAGAGGUGAUGAAAGACGCACCUAAUAAGAAGUCUUCUACCCCAAAGUCCUCACAGAGGAUCCUCUUGGACCAAGAAUGUGUGUUUCAAGCCCAAAGCAAGUGGAAGGGUGCAGGGAAAUUCAUCCUUAAGCUAAAGGAGCAGGUGCAGGCAUCCCGAGAAGACAAAAGGAGGGGUAUCUCCUUUGCAAAUGAACUCAAGAAACUCACUAAGUCCACUAAGCAGUCCCGAGGGCUCACGUCACCUCCUCAGUUUGUGGCCUCGGAAAGUGUUCAAAGCAAGGAGGAGAAACCUGUGGGUGCCUUGGCCGCUGGUGACACAGUGGGUUACCAGCAGUGAGCAAGGGCGGCACAUUUGUUCCAGGGAUAUGAAGGGGAAGAUCCUUGAUGAGAAGCUAUCAAGAAUGAACGUGGGGGGAAGAAAGAUACUUUGCCUCCAUCACAUUUAAACUGGAAAUGGAUGAUUUCUCAACUGCAGCCCUCUUCACACCUGAUGUGAGGUUCAUGCAGAGGACAAGCAAAACGGCACAGGUCUGCCAAUCAACUUCGAGAGGAAUGAUGCAGGGACACCCAGGGCAUUGCCCAGAGCAUUACAGGUAGAGAGGCCACCCCCAAGCUUAAGACAACAAGCUUCACCUGUAAAGGGCUAGGUGGUAAACAUUUUAGGGUUGGGGCCCCUUGACUUCUGUGGCAUUGAGUUACCUCAGUGGCUGAGUGCAAAUGCAGCUGCUGACAACAGGUACAAGAAUGAACAUGACUGAACAAUAAAGCUUUAUUUAUGGACACUUACAUUGGAACCUCAGAGAGUUUUCACAGGUCACAAAUCUUUCAAGUGUUUCAACCACUUAAAAUUGUAAAAAUCUUUCUUAGUUUAAGGGUCAGACAAAAACACAUGAAUUUGGCCCAAGGACCAGCUUGCUGACCCCAACUUGGGAGAAGUGGGAGCCAAAGGUAUAGAGGUUAGGAAACCUCAAAAAUUGGCCAUGGGUUUAAUGAGAAGUGGAAGUCUGGGGGCAUUGGAAAUGUAAAUAUGUCCUGUAAGAUUUGUUAACAAUUAUUCAAAUUAGCUCCUAUAUUGUGUACCCAGGUGCACUCUUUGGGUUGGCUUUCCUCAAACAGAAAUGUUUUUUCUGAAAGCUACUAUUCAUAUGUCCAGACUAUUCUGUUUUCAGUUCUCACAAAGUGAAUUUAGAAUGAUGUACAAUUUAGUGUCUAUGGAGUUGUGAUGUCUUCAUAAGAAGCCUAAAUCAUUUCUAAAAAGCAAAAGUAGACUGGGUUGAUAUUCAAGGUAGAGUUAUUUAUUUUACAAUGUUUAUACUGACACUUGUGUAUUUAUUAGACAUACCUUUCUUGAUAUUGCUAUGGGUGACAAGCAUUAGUGGUUCGAUCUCUUUCAAGACAACCUUAAAAAAUAAAUCACGUGAGCAUGAGAGGCGGGUAGAGAUGCAGCGCCAUAGUGUGAUCUUCAUUUCUGAUUCACUGAGGAGCCGUGGCUCCGAGUCUCACUUGCCAUGCGAUCUAAGCUGUAUUAAAACCAUACUUCACAAAACGACCAGCCAAGUGCAAUGAAUUCUUCUCACUCUCGGGAUGAAGCAAAUUGAGACUCAUCAGACUGAAGUACGUGUUCCUCCAGAGUCAAGCCUGUAUUUCAUCUUUCAAUUGUCACCGUUCCGCUUGAAGAUAUUUUUCUUCAAGUUAGAAAACCCACUAAAAAAUCCUGAGUUUUGCUUUUGAGACUUUACCAAUUAUAGAAGGAAUAAAACAACCCCUUCUUUGCACAUUCUAAAAAGAGACGUGUCAAAAAUACACCACACAGCUUUCCUGUCAUGGGAAGACUGGCUGCGCUGUCUUUCUCUUGCCAAGAGGACUCAGGCUAUUCUCGCUUGGCAGUUACACAGCACAAACACGUUCCCUUUAAAUACUAGGUCUUUAACAAACGCAUAGCCCUGCUUCGGUUUUAAAACAUUAUUCUGGAACCAUUUUAUCAAUUCUCUGUAAAUUAAAGAGGCCAAAUGUUUUGGGAUACCUUGGGUUGAAAAUUAAAUUACUGGUCUAACCAGCCAGAGCCAAACAAAACCUGCAGGUAAUAAGAUACAGAGCCAGGCACCCCUUGCUCGUUUGUGGUCCUUACAGUAGAUGGAGAUUUGAUACAGAACCAAUCUGAAACCGACCACAUAUUCAAAUACUGAUGUGCAUCCCAGCUUAGGUUAAAGGACAUACUCUAUUAAAAUUGAGUCUCUAAGACUUUAAGCAGGAGAGGUUAUUAACAUAUGCAAAGAGGGCCAGCGAGAUGGUCCAGAGGAGGCCCUCGCCACGUAAGCUUUGAUGACCUCAGUUUGACACCGGAACCAAUGGAAAAGUAAAAGGAGGAAACUGAUUCCAUAAAAUUAUCUAUCCUCUGUCUCCACGUGUGCCCCCACGUCAUAUAACAUACACAUACAAAAAUAAUAAAAUAAAAAAUUUAAAGUAUGAACAGCUUGUUACAGGAAUGUGUUACUUAAUGAGGACAUAUUUUAAGAAAUGCAUUGGUAGGGAAUUUCAUUGUUGUAUGAGUGUCAGAAUAUACCUAUACAAGCUAAGACGGCUACUGUGUCACUGAACAAGGAGGCUUUAUUAAACAUUACGGGAUCACGGUUCUGUUCCAUAGCACCCCACACAGCAGUUUAUCCAAGAUCAGAGCACCACUGUAAGGUACAUGACUGAAUUACAACUCCUUAGCACAUUAUGGUGAUGUUUUGACUGAAGGCUUAUCUGAAUUAUGGGACAUAACUUGUCUAUCAAAUGAAAGAAAUAACCCUAUUUAUAAUAAAUUAGCAUGGCCACUAGAAUUGUGCCCACCACCAUUUUAUACUUUUUAGAAUACAAGAAAUCUGGAUAACAAAAAUC